UCCAAAUUUUCAUAUUAUAAAAUGGCCAGCGACUCGAACCAAAUUUCACACCUCAAAGCAACUCUUCAUAUUUCUUUCAAUCCUCCUCCCAUGGCACCAACUUCACUCCCGGCUCCGGCGACCGAAACAGACCAAGAACACAUCACUGCUUUGAAAAACGUCAAUGAAAUAAUCUCAACUCUUCCUAAAUCACAAGGCUGGUGGUUUGAUUAUCUCUUCCAAUACAAAGGCUUCUGGUUAUCAACGAACUAUGCAAUAAAAGGUCACAUGUUGCUUGAAGAUCAUCGCUUCAUCUUCAAACCUGAUGAUAUUAUCCUGUCAACUUUUCCAAAAUGUGGCACCACAUGGCUUCGAGCUUUACUAUUCGCCACCGUUAGUCGAAAUGAUUACGAUUUUUCAAACCACCCUUUGCUUACAAGAAACCCUCAAGAUUCUGUUCCUUUUCUAGAGGCAUUCGUAUGUACGAAUCCGUCGGUUCUUGAAAACCUUCCUUCGCCGAGGUUGAUCUCGACUCACCUCCCUUUUUCUUUCUUUCCAGAGUCUCUGACCACAGCUUCUGGUUACGGCAAGUUUGUUUACAUUGGCCGUAACCCUAAAGAUGUCCUUGUGUCCAAAUGGCAUUUUGCUCAGAAGCUAAGACCUAAAGAACUGCCACCUUUUUCAUUUGAAGAGGCUUUCGAGAUGUUCUGCAAUGGAGUUUCGCAUUACGGGCCGUAUUGGGAUCAUGUGCUGAGUUACUGGAGAGCGAGUUUAGAAGCGCCCGAGAAGGUCUUGUUCUUGAAGUAUGAGGAUAUGAAAAAAGAACCGGUGGUGCAUGUUAAGAGACUGGCUGAGUUCACAGGAAAGCCAUUUUCAGUGGAGGAGGAAGAUAAUGGGGUUGUGGAAGAGAUAAUAAAGCUGUGUAGCUUUGAGACAUUGAGCAAUUUGGAAGUGAAUAAAGGAAGUAGAAAGAUCAAUGAGAAUUUCGUUAUCAAACAUUCUGAUUUUUUCAGGAAAGGUGAAACUGGAGAUUGGAAGAAUCAUUUAACGCCUGAAAUGGCAGCUCGUAUCGAUCGGAUUACGGAGGAGAAACUUCAGGGCUCUGGUCUAACCUUUGAUUGAUCAUCACUGUUUGCUGAUGCAUAUCAUAUGCAGGCUCGUCCGAAUGAAGUUUUCCGUUUUGUGUUUUGUUUCUGUUUUUUGUUUGUUAGCUUAAUAAGUGUUGAAACUUCGUGAUCUUUAUCUUGUAAUGUAGAUCAUGUGAUCCAAUGUCAGUCUCUAAUGUUGUUGUUGCUUUUGGUUUUUGAUUAAGGAAAAAUAAUUUUAGCCUAUUAAAUUUUUGAAAAUUUAU